AUGUUUGGAUCGCCUUCUGGCAGCCGUCCAAGCCGAUUCCGAGUCUACUUCAUCCGAGCGCGCUUCCGAGACUACUUCUCCUACUGCCGAGACCCCUUUAGCCGAGCCCGCUCCCGAGUGAGACGUCGUCACAUGGUUCGGAAGACGAGCGCGAUGUCCUCGUGCAAGCACAUUAUUAAUACUUUGGUGGAUCCUAUAGCAAACCACGUGACUACCCUCUUGUACGAUGCCACCACAAUGAUCCACACGUUCAAGGCUUUCUAUACUGCAUCGUCUCAAAUUCCAAACUUCCCAGAGUUCUUGGCUGUCAGUUAUGUUGACAGCGUUCCGAUUGUCCACUACGACAGCAAGAGCAGGAAAUGUACACCUAAACAGGACUGGAUGAACAAAAUCACAGCCGAGGAUCCGCGGUACUGGGAGACACAGACACAGAUCAGUAUUGGUGAGGAGCAGGUCUCCAAAGUCGACAUUGAAACUGCUAAAGAGCGCUUCAACCAAACUGGAGGUGUUCACAUGUUCCAGCAUAUGUAUGGCUGCGAAUGGGACGAUGAGACCGGCGAGGUGGACGGUUGGCGAGACCUCGCUUACGACGGAGAAGACUUUAUAUCGUUUGAUUCAAAGGGACUGAAGUGGGUCGCGGUCAAGCCGCAAGCUGUUGUCACCAAACACAAGUGGGACAAAUUUGAGCUUCGACACUGGAAGCAUUACAUCACUGAGAUUUGCCCUUCUUACUUGAAGAAGUACGUGAGCUUUGGGAGGGACUUCCUCAUGAGAACAGAGCUUCCGCGGAUCUCCCUGCUGCAGAAGACGUCGCGGUCGCCGGUGACCUGCCACGCCACGGGUUUCUACCCCAGGGAGGCCGCCCUGUUUUGGAAGAAGGACGGCGAGGAGCUUUUUGAGGACGUGGAAAUGGGCGAGACCCUCCCCAACCACGACGGGACCUUCCAGACCACCGCUGACCUCAAAGCGGUGGACGCUGACGCCAAGUACGAGUGCGUCUUCCAGCUGGCCGGCGUCCCGGAGGACGUCGUCGUCCCGCUGGAUCCCGCCAACGUCCUGAGCAACGAGCGCAUACGAGCGGAAGAACAGAGGAAGACGGCGGUGGCCGUCGCCGUCCCGUUGACGCUCCUGGCUCUGGUCGUCGCGAUCGUCGUCCUUGUCGUCAAAUGCAGAAAAGCCAAAUACGCUCCAGCUUCCGUCCAAGCAGAUUCCGAGUCUACUUCAUCCGAGCGCGCUUCCGAGACUACUUCUCCUACUGCCGAGACCCCUUUAGCCGAGCCUGCUCCCGAGUGA